GUGUCAAACCUGGAGGUAGAGAGCAAGUUCUCGGGUCACUAUCAGGCUCCAUGGCACCAGCAACACAACGUCUUUCAUCCUUGCACCCGGCCACCGUGUCUGGAGGAGCUCCACAGAAGUGCUCAGCUGAGUCUCAGGGCUCUGCACCGGGAUGAACAACAGCGCCAGCGGUCCACCAGUCGGGAGAGAAACAGGGUGACCAUCUCUAUAUCAGUGGCACCCCCCAUGCCCACCUUCCCCUCGCCGCACAGCAUCCGCCGGCAACAGAGAAGUCGCCUGGCACGAGCGCAAGAGAGAGCAGAGCAGGAGCGGGAGUUGGACUACCAACCUAAGAAGGAGAGGACCAUGAGAGAGACGGAGAUCCAGACCAUACAGAGAAAAGAGAAACCAGGAAGAGAAGCAGACAUUCAGACGAUCCAAAGAAAGUUUGAGUGCUUUUACCCACUUGACACUAUUGAAGGUUGCAUCUUCAUUCCAUGGAAUAGAAAGGCUACCUCUACAGGGGAAGAUGAAAGUGGUGAGGUCGUGGGAGGCGGCCACAGAGCCAAGGCCUCAGCCCCUAGUGCCCCUUCCACACAGGACAAACAGACAAAUUGGUCAAAAGAAAACAUCCCACCAUCAAAUCAGAAGAAAUCUGGCGAUUCGCAUGCCAUCUCUUCAUGCAUCAUCCCAAUCAAUGUCACAGGAGUCGGCUUUGACCGGGAGGCCAGUGCUCGUUGCUCUCUCGUCCACUCCCAGUCAGUUCUUCAGAGGAGAAGGAAGCUGAGGAGGAGGAAGACCAUCACAGGAAUACCUAAACGAGUCCAACAAGACAUGGACUCAGAUGAAUCUCCUGUAGCAAGAGAGCGCACAGUGAUCAUCCACGCCAACCCACACCAGCUCUCUCUCUGUCAGGAAGACCUCUCAAUAAGUGGUCGUCUUCAUCACACUCGUGACUCUGGCUGCCAGACAGAUGAUUUCCUUAUUGCAUGCACAGCUGCUCCCUCCAGAAGGCGCAUUAGAGCUCAGCGUGGCCAUCAGGGAAUCCCAGCCUCUCUGUCCCAUUCAACAGGCAACAUAUCCUCCCUAGGCGACCAGUCAGACUCCACGUACACCUCAGCUUCAGCCCACGGUGGCAGAUUGCGCUCGCGUAGCCUUCCGCGAGAGGGUGGACGUCUGAUAGACAGUGACGAGGAUGAUGACGACAAUUACGAUGAUGAUGAUGAGGAUGAAGAACUAUCCCCUUACGAAGCAGAAGAUUUCAUUCCACCAGGACCCAGUCCAAGAAUGAAGAUGAUGAUGAUGAAGGAUGAAGAAGAGAGCACCGAUGAUCAGGCAGCUCCCGAGCCGCUGCAACUUGGCAGCUUGAAAAGGUUACAGCGAUCCAGUGAAAGAGAUCGAGGAAGCGGAGGGGGAGGGAGCCCAGAGCAUAGCUGGAUGGAGAGGGGUCGUUCUCGUUUGCCCCGCAAGGCAGAUAUGGGCAGCUGUGAGAUCUCAUCUAGUUCCGAUACCUUCAGCAGCCCUAUUCACUCUGUGUCGACAACAGGAGUUUUAGGCAGCCACGUUGACCACAAAGAAGACCAUCAGUCAUCAAGUGGGAACUGGAGCGGUUCCAGUUCCACCUGCCCCUCACAAACUUCUGAAACCAUUCCCCCACCCUCCUCUCCACCUUUAACAGGCUCAUCGCACUGUGAUUCUGAGCUAUCUCUUAACACUGUACCCAAUGCCAUUGAUGAGGGAUUCUCACUUGAUCCUUCAUUCCAUUCUGACCUCAGACCCCAGGGCCAAGGCCACAGAUCAAGCUCAUUCACAUCUUCAGCCACAGAUCAGUUGGAUGACGCAGGGGUCAGUACAGCCAGUGAAGGGGAGUGGACGUACCCUACAGAUCAAGACCAAAUAGAUCCAGACCAAGACCCUGAUCAAACCCAAAACCUGAAUCAGCCCCAUGGGGUUGUCCAAGAAUACAGCUCAAAACAAUAUCGAGAGGACCAGACGUGUUUUAGUGACAAGACGAGCAAUGCUGACAAAGAGCUUGGCUCUAAUUACCCAUCUGAUACAGAGAGUUUUUACUUAUCCUCUGCUAAUUUUGGGGAGUGUAAUCAGAAUUACAGAGGAUACACGUAUAACUAUGCAGACCAAGUGCCUGAUAGUGACCAGUCCAACACUACAGGAUCAAUGUCCCGUGGAGUUUACCCUCAGCCCUCGACUGACUUCAGAGCAGGUACUAUGACCCUGGGACGGACUUGUCGUCCAUUGAGGAAAUUGAAAGUCAAACCUCCUCCACCCAAACGCACCUCCUCGCUGAAGGAAAAGAGUUGUAGUGCAGAUGUUGGAACAGACACACAAGCAGACCACGAUCAACCAAAGAUGGUUAGUCAACAAGAACUUACCUUGUCUUCCACAGAUAUGAAGCUCGAACUCGACUUAGAACUUGGAGGUGCGCCAGAACCCUUACAAACGUCUUGUUUAGUGGCAGAGCCUUUAGGAACAUGGGGAAUGGGACUGAGUGAAACAAUGGACAUAGUAGAGCCCAUAUCCUUUAGCUCUGCAGAUACGCAUUCAUUUAAAGAUGAUGGUGCAGUGCAGUCUGACUAUGCAGACCUGUGGCUUCACAACAGUGAGCUCAAAUCCAACAAUGGUGAGUACACAUCUAUGUCAAACUCAAGCACAGCCACAGGUACCACAGUCAUGGAGUGUAUCAAGUCACCAGACAGCUCUUCCUCUUCCACAGAAACACAAACCCCAGCUAAUGCCCAGGCUGCAGAGAUCAAGGCAAGUAGUCCUGCUCUUCCACCUGAAGACUUCAAACUUGGGUCACCUGAGAAACUCGCUGGUCUAGCCUCGCCGUCAAGUGGCUAUUCUAGCCAAUCUGAAACCCCAACAUCUACCUUGCCCUCGGCUUCGGCAGCAUUCUUCCCAGGACCACUCUCUCCUUCGACUGGCAAGAGAAAGCCAAAAGUACCAGAAAGGAAGUCUUCUCUCUCUUCCCUGCAGCACUUUCCCAGAGAUGGAGGUUCCAUUUCCUCAUGCUAUAAGAGAGACCCUGACUUUCCGCCUCCGCCAUCUCAACUUGAUCUCAACGUUCUCCAUGGAGGCUAUGUGAGACACACGCUAUCCCACAGAACACAUCAUAUGCACACGCUCCACCACAGUAAACAUAGAGUUUCAAAUGUUGUAUCUACUGGAACAAAGAUAUUGGCUCCUGAGGCAUCAAACACGAAACCUCCGCCAAAUUUAAGCUCUGCUCCAGCAAUCCCUAACUCACAUUUAUUGGUGAUAACUCCAUCUGCUCUUCGUUCAGUGCAGCUCCAUUCUGUUAGCCAACCUAUGGAGCCAAAAAAUACUUCCAUAACACACCAGGAAACAAAAAGUGGCACAGAGACUGUGACAAGGCCCAAAUAUCACCCCACUGGUUCUACUCUGGCCCCGCCACCUGUUAACACAAGGCCCCUCCCUCCACGCAGGCCCCCUCCCAGACCACCAUGUCACGACCACAUUUCCUCCCCUGAACACUCCCAACCCACUCCCCCUGGCCGCCACCCUGAUGGACCUCCAUCCUAUGAAAGCCUGCUGCUCAGGCAGGACCGGUAUGGGCCUGGAACAUUCUGGGCUAUGACUGCUUUCAGAGCUCGGAUGGAUCCUUUGUCAGACCUCUCUGAGGACAGCUCACCUCUGCAUAGACCAGUGCCCCGUGCUCCCCACCCUUCGCCUGUGGAUCUACACACACAUAUCCACUCUCAUGCAGAGUUCAGAGGACUCACCCACUCAGCUCAUGCACAUUCUGAAUUUAGGGUUUUGGGAGAGCGGUCAUUCUCCCAGGAUGAUGACGAUGAUGAGGAGGAUGAAGAGGAAGAAGAAGAAGAACAGGUCAAAGAGCCAUCAAAGGCGGCAUGUUCCAGAGGAGUCAUGCGAUCUGACCACCCUCCACCACCAGCAUAUGAAUUUGCUGGGGGAUCCCACUCAGACUCAGGGCCCUGGGCUAGUCCACUAAAAGUGCCUGGUAACACAUUGGAAACAUCGCAACCUUACCUAAUCAGCGAUGUGAAGAAAGGAAGAUAUGAUGCGCAGGAGGAAGAGGAGGAGCUGAUAUCAGGUGCUACCAGAAGUGCCCAUCAACAGCAGCCACAAGAAAGUAAAGAUGACUCCACCACUCCUGACACAGAGGAUUACUUCAGCAAAGAUUCCACACCAAGUGAUAAUUCACUCUCCCCUCUGACGGAUGACACCAAAGUGGAUGAUGACAUCAUCAUCACAUCACCCAACAAGACACGGACAACCGAAGACCUGUUUGCCAUGAUCCACAGAUCCAAACGAAAGGUCCUGGGCCGUAAAGAUUCAGGAGAUAUCAAUAUGAAGUCUCGUCUCUGCCCUCCAGCACCAGUGACCACUAGCAGUGCUCCUCCCGGCAUUGUCCCUCCAGCACCUCCGCUUAACUUUCCCGCCACAUUAGCCAAUGCUGUCGGGUCCCAACGAGCCCCCGUGCCAAUCUACCGCAGUGCUAAAAAGUCCAGCACAUCCAAUGAGGAGUUCAAGCUUUUACUCCUGAAGAAAGGUAGCAGAUCUGAUUCUAGCUAUCGUAUGUCAGCAACAGAAAUUUUGAAGAGUCCAAUCACCCCUAAAACACCAGGAGAGUGUCUGCAAGAAGGCCCCGUUAGACAGACCGAGGAACCACCCUCCACGCUUCAAGAGUUUCAGAUUUCUGGCCUGGAUCCAAUCCAGAUACCGGGUCUUUUUCCGAGGGCGAAUUCUGAGAGCUUCACUCCCAAAACCCUGCCCAUGUCGGCUGCAUCUCGACAGGGACGUUCUCGCAUCCCCCCGGUCGCCAACAGCAGCCGCUACAGUACACGCAGUCGACUCUACACAGCUCCCAUGCAAGCCAUUUCCGAAGGGGAGACCGAGAACUCAGAUGGGAGCCCCCACGAUGACAGAUCAUCCUAAACCACCCGAUAAGAGAAAUGGCCUAUUCUUAGCUGUAUCCUACGUUACGGAUGACCCACUCCUCCCUUGUAAUCUUAAAUAGCUGUAUGAACAACACCAGUGGAGAAACAUACUAAAUCUGACUGAGGCGCCGACAUACCCUGUUAUAGAUAUACCAUUCAAAGGUUGGCCGACUGUUAUGAGAUAUUCUGUCGUAAAGCGAAGAUUACGCAAACCUUGAGGAUAUGCCUGAAUAGUUUAUUAUCUAAAGUGUAGCUCCCACCCACCACGGUGCAAGUCCUUUUUUGAUUAAACAGUCUUCUUAAAACAAAAAAAAAUUCAAUCCACCCAAGAUCUUUGGAAAAUGAUAAAAAGAGAUUUAUGAAAAAGAAACAUUUGUGUGCAUGAACAAGCACAGACAACAUCAACUGAGAUUUCUACUUAUUGUGUUUUGAAUGAUGUGUGUGUGUGUGUGUGUCACUUGGAGACUGAUUUUUUUUUUAAUUCAAAUUUUAAAUUCUUAUAACAUUGACUAUUCUUUUAACUCAGAGUGCCCAAAGCAUCGGCCAGACUUUACAGAGUCCGUACUCAAUAUUCCUGCCAACAAGCAAGGUCUGUUUCAAAAUGGAACUUACUAACAACUUCUCAGCUCAGCACCACCUUAUUUAUUAUGUUUCCAACUGCAGACAAGGCUUAGAUAGAGUCAGUUUUGUUUGACCACAGAAUUGCUAUUAAAAAAAAAUCAUUCUGAUAAGACAAUGCAUGUAAUUUUGUAAAAUUGCGCCUCAGAACAUAAUAAUAAUGCUUCACCAUGUUGCAUGACCUGUGUGGAAACAUCCCCUGGAUCCUGGUUUCUGUUUUGUGGUUCUUUUGUAUUAUGAAAUAAUUGAUCUUUCAUUGCAAAAGAUGUGAGUGGAAUUUGUGUCACACUGCCAGUGAUCUAAAUGAUUUUUUUCUUGGAUUCGGGUGUCUAGCAAAAAGGAGUAAGGCCUUGCACCUUUUUGUGUAGGAUACUGGCUCAUUUUGGACAAUCGCACAGUGGCCUUUUGCUAACGUAGGUGGUUGUAAGCAGGGAAUUUUAAGUCUCUGUACAUAUACAUGGAGCUGUGCCAUGUUCCACUUGAAUCCAAUCAAGUAUAUAUUCAAAUCCAACCUUGAAAUCUAUCACUUAGACUUAUUAAAGCUUCUCAAGCUGCUGGCCAGUGCUGCCCUGCUGGCUUGAAGUGGAAAAGGUGCAUUUCAUAGCAAACAUAAAUACCAUUGAGUGCAGACGGUGAAAAUGCUUUAGAAGGUCUGACUAGAGGUUAAUUUGGAAGGGGUUUCCGGAACCAUCCUCGCUUUUGCACUUCAUGACUCAUUAAGAAAAGAAAAUAUAUCUUAUACUGAAAUGCAUAUGUAUAUUUGUACUGAAUAUAAAAACUCAUAUCUAUAUAAAAACGACAGACAGAAAGCUUAUGGGGAAUCAAUCUGAGUGUAGCAAAGAAGAACAGCGCUCACUGAAAACAUUACACGUGGAUUUUUCAGCAGUGUACUGUUCUCCUCUCCUUGUUGCCUCUCCUUCAUUUGCACUGACCCAGUAGCAUAAGACAGGUGAAAGCUCAACCCAGUAGCUGGUGUACGCCAUUUGAAACACUUUAAACCUCAGACACGGUCAAAUCUGCGAGAAAUGACAACAGGAAAUACUAUAAAUACUUAAAAGUCAGUUCAGUACCUACUGCAUUACAGCAGUUUUACCCAAUCCAAUGCCAGGCCUUGAAUAUGCCAUAAAACCUCCCCUACCCCUCCAGCAAAUGCUGAACGUGUAAAAUAUUCAUUGUGUAUCAGUAGACGACUACCAUCAGUGGAAAGCUUGAACCUUCACCUGCCUACCACAGCAAACACAGCACAUAUACUCCUUAUUUUCAGAGACCGUACUUCAAUUGAAACCAUUCACUGUAUUCUGUGAAUACCUCAGCAAACAUAUUACUGUUUUAUUGUAAAUGACGGACGGACGGAUAGAUAGAUAGAUAGAUAGAUAGAUAGAUAGAUAGAUAGAUAGAUAGAUAGAUAGAUAGAUAGAUAGAUAGAUAGAUAGAUAGAUAGAUAGAUAGAUAGAACGAUAACAAACCACAACUGUUUAAUACUCAGCGAAUCUCAAUUGCAGAACUGACACUGUGUAAGAUGGAGAGAGUAAAAAGCUGUGAAAGGUAUAGGAUUUUACAUUCAUCAUAUUUCUGAAGCGCACUUGUUCCUGUCCAUUGUUUUACCUGUUGUGUUUUCUAUCGCAUGCAAUAACUAAGGCGGGUGGGG